AUGGACGACACCUGCAACAGCUCGCACACGCUGACGCCACCCGACAACACGCACCCCCCGGCCGCAAAUGAGCGCAACAACUGGACUGACCUCAUCGCCGACUGGUCGUACUCGCUUUCCAAACACACCUCCUCGAAUGUCAGCGCCGAUCCGAACUAUUUUGCCAACGACUCCAACAGCCUCGUGACCUCGUCACACGUGCACUCGUUCCAGGUUGGCACCGGCGACAGCAUCUUCGCCGAAACAUUGACGCGCAUUGAGAAUGCCCAGUCCGAAGUCCUCUUCGUCACCUGCUUCUGGGCCCGCUCGCCGUCCCUGGAGAGGCUCUCCAAGUCCCUGAAGAUUCUAUCGCGCAAAUCUCUCCACGCCAGCGACUCUGGCGCACCCAAGAUUCGCGUCCGCAUUGGCUUCUCUUCUCGCUCGCUUUGCCAGAAGCUCCUCCAGACUGGCUCCCUCCAAGGCUACGUCUAUCCGCCCGAGCAAUGGGAAUCAAAGCUCGGACUUCCCCCGCCGGAGGAGCUCUCGGGUCUCGAUCUGGAAAUCAAAAGCGUCUUCGUCCGGCCCUUUAGCGUCAUGCACCCAAAGUUCGUAUGCUUAGACCGCCAGUUGGUCUUUCUUCCAAGCUGCAAUGUCAGCUGGGAAGAGUGGUUCGAGGGUUGUCUCUCUCUUUCUGGUCCAGUCGUGAACAACUUCAUCAAGUUCUGGCACGAGUUUUGGGGCCGAGGCAGCCGGGAACUUCCUCCGCUUCCGCCUUUUCAAUCCAAGGAAGAUCCAGUCACCACCCUCAAUCGCCGUCUUAGCGUCGUGCAGGAGCUUCCACCUUGGCUCUCCUACCUGAACAGUACUGCUGGCGAGUCCAUCCCCACAGUUUUCUUGCCAUCGCCGCACCACGUCAACCCACGAUUUCGACCCAUUCCAUGCCUUCCCGCAGCGCAGCCGCCGCCCACCCCUUUGAACCUAUUCCUUCAGAGGCUCUUCAAAAGGGCAAAGUUCUCCAUCUACAUCCAAACUCCAAACCUGACCUGCCCCUGGGUUUUGAAAGCCAUCUUGGGCGCCCUUGCUCGCGGCGUUGACGUCGAUAUCGUCACCAGCGAACGCCUCAUGAUUCUGGAACAGCUCGGCACCGCCGCCACGACCACCGGCCUCCGGCUCAGGUCGCUAGUCGGAAAGUACAUGAAGCUACCGACUGAAACGCCCAUCUACGAUACCGAGCGCGAUCCACCAGGCCACCCGACGAUCCGCGGACGUCUACACAUCGAAUACUACCAACCUCGCAGUGGCGCCCCAAAGCCAGAGCCCGUGCAAUCGCACCUGAAGCUCACGAUCGUGGACGAGGAGUUUGUCGUGCUCGGCAGCGGUAACAUGGACAGGGCCAGCUGGUACACCUCGCAAGAGCUCGGCGUCGCGUUUUGGUCCACAGACUUGGCUGCCGAGCUGUUUGCCCUCGUGCGGAAGAACUUGGAGGGCCGGCUGAAGCUGUUCUUCCCCCGGACGGGGACUUUGACUGAUUGA